AUGUCCCAUAAUAAUUUGGCAAAACACAAACCUUCCAACCAGAGCUCGACAUUACACAGGGCAAUCGGAGGCAAUGCAUCGUCGGAUUAUGCUGUAGAUGGAGUUUGGAAUUCAAAUAUGUUAGAUAAAAGUAAAACGCAAUUCCAAUGCUCACAUACUCUCCAAAGAAGUAAACAUCACUGGUGGAUGGUCAACUUAGAAAAAACAAAACUUGUGAGAAGAAUCACAAUUUUGAAUAGAGGUGAUUGUUGCGCGGAACGAUUGAACAAUGUGACAGUAACUGUUGGGGAUGUAGAAGGUCAGAUGAAACAGUGUGGAAGAUUUAUGGGUCCUGGUGGUAAAGGAGAACUUGUCGAAAUCUCGUGCUCGACACCGCUCUUCGGACAGUUUGUGAAGAUAGAAAAAUACAGCGAUACUGCUUUAACAUUGUGUGAAUUGUUAUUGUUUGGUGAUGUUGUUUUUUGUGUGUGUUUUUAA